UUUAGGUGUAGUAUUGGCAUUUAGCCGGCGAUGGAACAUUACAGCACAGGCGAAGAAGCCAUGGGUAGCGAUCCCGACGUUCCCGAACGGUGUAUGGGUGUUGGUAUGGCCACGUCGAGAACACGAGUGGGAUAAAUACAGGCCAUGCACGCUCUGGCGACAGCUGCAUGGGACACCUCUUCGCUUGUUACAAACCACGAUCCAGAUUUUUGGAUCAUUUCUCGGGCCUUUUCGCUCACCAUGCCUCUCGCCGCUUUAAUUCCGGCCCUGCUCCUAGCAGCAGCAGCAGCAGCAGCAGCAGCAACGCCCCUCUCGCCCCGCGCCGCCGACCCAGCGGGCCCGAUCCGAUGCCCCAUCGUCUUUGACGGGCGCGUGCCGGCGACGCUGGCGGCCACGGACCUGGACGACGCGGCCCGCUCGCCCUUCAACACGGGCUACGUCAAGGGCGAGGGCCUCAAGUGGAGCGACAUCAUCGAGUUCCCCGCCGGGGCCGGGCAGCCGCGGUUCGAGGACGCGGCGUCCCACAAGCCCAUCACGGUGACGCUGAGCGACCGCUCCGCCUUCCAGACGCAGCGGGGGUUCCGGCGGGCGGGGCUGCAGUUUAGGGACGACGCCAACGCGGGCGGGGCGGGUGCCGUCGGGGUGAGGACGCUGCAUUGGAGCGUCAAGAUUGAUGCGGCCAGGGGGUUGAAUCUGAGCCAUGAGUAUCUCAACGUCUGGCACGAGACGGCCGACUACUCGGCCAACCAGUUCAACUUUGAGAUGGGGAGCAUCCUGGGCCAGCCUGAGCUGCCCAGCGACACGUUCAAGAUUCUCGACCGGCGCAACCGGCAGAUCUGGUCGACGCCCAUCGACGAGACUGCGUGGAACAACUUUGCCGUCACGAUUGACUAUGUCAAAAACACGCUGCGUGUCUACUACUCCAAAAACGACGAGCCCCUCAAGGCGGCCUCUUGCGCGCCGACGCCCAACGACAACUCGGGCGAAGGCCAGUACCAGCUCGGCCUGCUCAAGAAGCCGACGGGCACUGACGAUGUGGUCAACUCUGGGUACCAGGCGAGCGGGAUAGACGAGGGGCUGAUCUACGGCGGCAUCUUUUUAGAGGACAGCGCCGAUGGGUGUGUUUCUUUGUGAUGGGGGUUUAUGCUCCUCGGAGGGAGAUGGAGAGUGUUGACGUAUCCGAAGCCGGGAUGUCGUGUGAGGAUCGCGUCAAACACGCGCGUGUGGUGGGUAGCCACAAGUAUUUUA